AUGCAAUCAUAUCGGAACACUUCCUCGCCACGGGAUAAUAUUGGGCAGGAGAAUGGCGAAGAGCGUCCAGCAAAAAGACAAAAGGAAUCCCACGGCCAGGAUCCAGCACGACAACAAGAAGUCGGCCUGAUGCGCAAUGGAGGCUCCGUGACUUCAGCAAGCUUCGUCGGAAGUGCCAGCGGGAUCCAUUUCAUUCGCUCCGUUUACAGCGCGAUGGUCGGAAGGACGCCAAAUACCCAUGGCGAAACCCCAGAAAGUAAUCUUGUCCCUGGAGAGGAUGAUCGGCUCGAGACUGGUAACGGCGUCGCGAUAUCGCGACAAAUCUGGCAGCCGCAUGAAGUUAACCUCGAAGAUCAUCAUCCUGGUAUUGUGCCUUUCACUUUUGAUGAAUUGCUCGAUUGGUCGGCGAGCUAUUUCGAUAUCUGGCAUCCCGCAUAUCCAUUCCUCCACGCGCCGUCAGUACUUGAAAGCUUUGAGAAAUUCGCGCAGAAUGGUGUCCCCCUGGAAAACACUUUUGAAGUGAUCAUCAUGAAAACCAUCAUCUCAAUCAGCUUAUGCGACCGGCGGCAACGGAACCAUCCCACCCAGAGACCCGUACCUAAAUGUCUUGUCUUCACGACGUUUGACGAGGCACUUGAAAGUGUACAGCCCGCCCUGACCAAAGCGGCGACAAUUCAAGCGCUGCAAUCCGUGGCUUGGCGGACUCGUGAUAAGGCUCGCAUUUCAGAUGGGUCUUCAUCGAUGUCCUGCAAGGUUCUCCUCCUUUACCAUCGGCGAACAACAGCUACGUCAACGGCUUUUUGGUCGAUAUAUUGCAUCGAUCGACACUUGUGCCAAGCGCUUGGAUUACCACUCACCAUUCGCGACGAUGAUGUUGACGUCUGCUACCCUGAUGCAGAGCGACAUGUUGUCUCGGCGAAGAAUACUCAGUCAUCAAAGGCCGAUCCUCAGACCAACAAUCCACCGGUAGAUGGCAGGUUGAGGAUAUUGACUCUUUUAUCGAAACACGCUCAGAUCAAAGGCUUGAUAAUGGAACUGCGGAAUAAGUCGGUUGCGCAGCGAGCCGAUAGCCUAGAGAGAGCCAUGACGAUCAACGCUAAGCUCACCCAGUGGUGGAAUAAUGUGGAAGACUCGAUUGAACAAGCCGAUAUGCAGGAUAUGCCGUUUACCACGCUGCACAAGGCGGUCUUCAAAGUGCUAAAGCAUGAAUCUAUCAUUGCCCUGAACCGACCGCUCCUGACCGCCUCCAAAAAGACUGCAAGUUAUGCUGGUGCCUUACAUACCUGCAUUGCCGCAUCGAAAUCAAUCAUCACGGUUCUCCAUUCUCUCGUCGCUCCAAUCAAUGAAUCGACCACGACGUCACCAGGCCAAGGUUUGAAGCUGUUCCUCCCUAUGUUCUGGCCAUCAUUCACCUGGGCUGUUUGGAUGAGCGCAUUUAUCAUGCUCUAUGCGGCGAUGGAAAAUCAGGUGGAAACCCAAAUCGCAGUGAGAUACACCGAUCGAAGCCUGCAGAUUCUAGAGAAGCUUAGUGCUCGAGGAAGUAUUUGGCCAUCGGCUUGUGCGAUUGCAGUUCGCGAUAUGCGAUCCGCAUUGCACCAGAACGGCGGUAGGAGUGGCGGUGGUAGCAGCACCGCCGGAGGGGUAACGGAACGACCGCGCCUGAUGUCGACCAUCUCGUCUGUCCACUCCGACAGUGGCAUCUCAGCAGGACACCUCGAACACCCGGGACUCCGUGGCGACGAGGACAGUAGUGCCAACAACACGUACUACCAGAGCCAUGGGCAAGACAACAGCCCCAGGACCGCGAUCCCACAACCCAAAUGGACGCCCCCGGCAUAUCCCACGAGCCAGCCACAGCCCCAGCGGACCCCGGCACAGCAACCCUCUCAAAUGCCGCAGUACGGCACCCUCGACGCCAGCACGACAAGCACAAGGCAGAACCUACGAUCGGGAUUAGAAGAACUGCAGAAUCAGCAACAGCAACAGCAACAACAACAGGUUUUCACACCGCCCGCCGGCUCAACCUCGAACGUCCAGUUUUGGAACGCCGGUUCCUCCUUUCCAGAGUCGCCUUUCUUUCCUGACACUGCAGGUGGCGGCAGCGGCGGCAGCGGCGGCGGCAGGCCGUGGCCGGAUUUCACCACGAUGGAUCUGGGGCCGAUCUCUGAGAUGCCACCCUUCUCGGUCGAUGGGCUCGAUCCGUUGCAGGGCUUUGAUAUCCCUUUUUGGAUGGGUCAUGACAAUACGGCGGCUUGGAUGAAUCAUAAUUGA